CUUCAGUUGGUAAAGUAUUGAGGUCACAGUGUGUAUAAACAGUCACUUUUAAGGUGUGAACUAUUGGUCCCAAGUGAGUUGCAAAUCCUCCAGAGCGACAGUUGAUGGAGUGGAGUCCCCUCGGAUCACCCAGCAGCAGCAGCGGCCUCCAUUUUAACUUCGACGCCGAGCAAUUCCUCACGUGUCCUGGGCUGUCUCUCUCACAUGACCCGAGUGUUUGUUCCCGUGAUCAGCACUUCCAUCUCAGUCUGUGACACCGAAUAUCCCUUUUUAUUCAAACACUGAUGGAUAUGCUUGAACAGAGUCUGGACAACGCAAGCCAAGAUAAACAAGAAGAAGAAGUUGUCCAGACAUCUGAAGACGGAACAGGAGAGGAGCAGACAGCUGUUACAAUAGCCAGUGUUCAGCAGGCUGCAGCAUUUGGUGACCAUAAUAUACAAUAUCAGUUCCGCACUGAGGGUGGUCAGGUGACUUAUCGUGUUGUUCAGGUGACUGACCAGCACCUUGACGGAAGAGAUGAUGGGGGAGGCGCGGUGAGUGUUGUCUCCACAGCCGCCUUCACUGGGGCUCCUCAGGCCGUGGCUCAGGCUGUGAUCCAAAACCCUUUCAGUAAUGGAGGAAGCCCAGCAGGAGAGGCGGUGGGAGGGGAGACGCGCUUCGCUUACUUCCCUGCGACCGCGGUGAGCGACGGGACUGUGUCUGUGCAGGCCGCCACGGACCCCACACUCACGCAGGCAGGGGGUCAGUUUUACGUGAUGAUGACCCCCCCUGAUGUUAUUCAGACAGGCACGCCACGAACCAUUGCCCCACGUACACAGCCGUACCCUGCAGAUGAAAACGAGCUGCUGCAGCAUGAAGGUUUAAACUGGAAAAUGGAUGGGCCGCGAACACCAAGAGAUGAAAGGAGAAGAGCACAACAUAAUGAAGUUGAGAGGCGGCGAAGAGACAAGAUCAACAACUGGAUUGUCACGCUUUCCAAGAUCAUCCCAGACUGCAGUAUGGACAGCACCAAGACUGGAGCAAGCAAAGGAGGCAUCUUGUCUAAAGCUUGUGACUACAUUCGUGACCUGAGGCAAAGCAACCAGCGACUGCAGGAGAGUCUGAAGGAAGUAGAGAGGAUACAAGUGGACAAUGAGUUAUGCAGGCAGCAGAUUGAAGAGCUGAAGAAUGAGAAUGCUUUGCUCCGAGCGCAGCUCCAGCAGCAUGGCAUCGAGAUGGUUGGAGAGACACCACCGCAGUGAAGCAGAGACAAAAAUAACAGGGAGGGGCACCACCACUCAGACAUAAAACUGACACGGUGGGAAAGAAGGCGAGAUGAGGGGGGGGGGGGGGG